CUUCUGCUUGUCGAGACAUUGGCUGACAGUAGGAGAACAGCUAGGCCCUCCGUUCGGGUGGAAAGUGUUGUACUCCGUAUAACAACUCAAUCCUCACCGACCCGUUUCAUCAUAUCAACUUCCCCCUUAUAUCCACCUUCUGAUAUGGAGAUUCGGUUGAGCUACUGCUGGUCUUGAGUCGGCAGAUUCUCAAACUUCGACUUGAGAAACAUGUGUAUCACAAUCCUCCGAGUCAUUUCCGCAACACUGAGAGCCAUUUGGCUGUUUCUCUUACGACCACUGGCCAUCCUCAUUACUACGGGAGCAGUCAUCUCAGUCUACCGAGCUGGUUUCGCAGUCUGGAAAGAAGCCCCUACCAUCCUCUACGAACUGGCUAUAUCGUUCAUUACAUAGCUGUUUCUGAUUCCGACCGGCCCUUACUAUGGAUCCAUACGAAAAUACUUAAUUUAAACUUACUUCACACGGCAACUAGACAUAGCCAUUGGUCCUUAAAGUGUUGUCUCUUAGCCUUCUAUGAUUGUUUUCUUUCAGAGAGGUAUUGCUCUGUACCAAUAUAGUUGAUGCAUGACUCCGUCUAAUAUUGGGUCGUGGAUUACUAUAAUAUAUCUUGUCGGCGUACUAGAUCUGAU